AUGGUAGACGGAGAGAGCAGCGAUGCAGGGAGUGAGUUGAGCACCAACAACUACUACACGAAUUUCGAAUGUGAUCUUCGUAAGGCCCUCGAUGCUAUCCAGUCCCCCGGGACCUUUGCAUCGUACGGUCGAUGUGUAUCCCUCGACCCGGAGGCCUACGUACACGAUGUCGGUGCAAUCACUCUGCCCUUGGACGAGCCACAAGCCCGACGGUUGAUCGAGAAGGCGCGCCAGGCACCAUAUGGAAAGGGUAAUGAAACCCUUGUUGACACGUCCGUGCGAAACACUUGGGAGCUGGACCCCGAGCAAUUCGAGUUGAAGAGUCCGGGUUGGAGUGCCUAUAUCGAGCUUGUCUGUAACCGCGCAGCUCGAGAAUUGGGUGUCGAUGUACCAGUUUCUGCGGAACUGUACAAGAUGCUGCUCUAUGAGAAGGGUGCUAUGUUCAAAGCUCACACCGACACUGAAAAAGUUCCUGGCAUGUUUGCCACAGCUGUGGUCUGCCUGCCGUCGCCCCAUGAAGGAGGUGACGUGGUUGUGAAGCAUGGUGGGGAGAAGAAGAUCUUCAAGACAUCGGAGGCUCAACCUUCCUUUGUCUCUUGGUAUUCAGACGUUUCCCACGAAAUUCUUCCUGUCACUUCGGGAUAUCGUUGGGUUCUCACCUACAAUCUUGUUCUGGAUCCUUCGGAGCCGCGUCCAUCAGCCGGCCUUCAGAGUGCAGAAACGCGUGCGGCACGUGAGAUUAUCAAGCAGUGGCUUCUGAAGGAAAAGGAUGACCGGGAUCUGAACCAUGUCUACUACAAGCUCGAUCACGAGUACACUGAAGCCAGCAUCUCCCUCAAUACCCUUAAAAGCCACGACCUGGUCCGCGUCCAGGCUCUGAGAGGAAUCGCAUCUGAGCUGCCGGUAGAUAUUUUCCUCGCUGUGCUGGAAAAGAAAGAAAUGGGUACCUGUGAAAAUGAUGAGUACUACGCAUCGAGGUGGGGUCCGAAGUACGGAUAUUCACCUCGGGGACCGGAUGAAGACGACUACCAUCCUAUCGACGAAGUUUGCAACACUGAAUACUCGAUCAAGACAUUGGUCGACUUGGAUGGUCGUCAGGUAGUGAAAGGGCUGCUGCUGGACCAGACCAAGGUUCUUCAGAAAGAUUGUUUCGAUGACAUUCAUCCAGAGGAGUCGUAUUUGGGAUACCAGGGAAACUGGGGUCCCGAAGCAACGCAUUGGUACCGGGUCACGGCUGUGGCCGUAGUGCCUCGGGAUUCAACUACUUCUUUUCUUAUGGAAUCUCCAAAGACAGGCUCAUACUACUCGGCCGAAAUCCGGGAGAAUGACAAGACCAUCAUUGAUUACUUUGCCGGCUCCUCAUUGAACUCAUCUGACCACCAGUCUUCGUUCAGGACCUUGAAGAAACUCUGCCGGAAAAUCUGGAGCGAAGAUGAGGAGAGUCUUUCGAAGACAAUUCUCCCUGACGACGUCAUUGCUAAGGUCCUCCAAGCCGCUAUUCGGUUGCAGGAUUAUGACUUUUUGAAAGAGGCCGCCAGAAAUCACGAGGGAACACUGUCAUUUGACUUUUUCAAGUGGGCUAGAGGUCAAAUUGCAGCUGGAGAGGUCACUUUCGACAGCAUUGAAGAUAGUAUGUUCCGUGCCAUCCUAGCCUUCCCUACGAUUUGGCAGCGACAUGAAGCAGUCUCGCGCCUUGUUCCUCUAGCUGAACCAAUGCCGGAUGAUGUCCGAAAAUGGGUAGACAAGCUCCAUAAUGAAACCCUAAGUAUGUUACGUUCACAGGAAUCUUUGGAUCAGCGGGAUGGACACGCUGUGGUCGACAUGGUCGCAGAACAUCAUAACUUGGACUACCUAGUGAGGCUUGUGCUUCCCUCCAUGGAGAACAAGCUUCGAGCUUCGUCCUUUGCCCUUUCUUUCCUAUCUCGACUACAUCAGCGCACCACAGAAGGCGCCUUUCCUACUGAAGAAGGCAUGGGACUGUGCAGCCAAAUAGCUAAAUCGCUGAUUCGUGAACUCGACAUUUCCACCGUCUGUGAUGAUGAUGAGCCUCCAGCGAAGGCACUGCCAUUUCCUUACAAGCCGCCCCUCGAAUCUGCACCAAAACGGAAGACUGCACCAGUUACAGCCAAACACUUGACAAAGUUCGUUAGUACGCUCAUCGGCCUUAACGAUGAUUCUCUGAUAAGGGAUCUCUCCCUGAAAUUCGUUGAUGACGCCCCAAAGGUCAAGAAGUUGGCGUUCCACACGUUAUGGCUCCCUUUCCUACACGGUAUCAUCCCAGUCAUGGAGUCGAAUUCAAUUCCUUUCUCCACGCAAUAUUACCGACAGAUCUUUAUCUCCAUUAUGAGAGCUUACCUCGACAACUACGUCGGUCGAGAGCCUGGCAAAGACGACAGAAAUCUGGCUCGACAACCCGUACCAUGUGGCUGCAUGGACUGCCAUGGUCUCAACAAUUUCCUCCAAGACCCUGUCCGAACAGUCGGUAGGUUUCCUCUGGGCAAGGAGCGCAGACACCAUAUACACAGAACCCUUGACGACGCUCGGGUUGAUUGCACCCAUGAAACCGAACGGACCUACCCAGCGCCUUUUAAACUGAUCGUUACCAAGACUUUCACUCGGAUCAAGCGGGCUCGGGAAGAAUGGCAAGCCAGGAAGGCCGAAGCCAUGCGGCAGAUACAGUCUUUCGACCAAGACAAACUCUUUCUCUUGUUGGCAAGAGAAUACAAGAAAAUCACACGCAUGGAGGGUCUCGGAGUCAAUUCAGGUCAAUCUUCAGCUGGAGUUGGGGUGGCACAGCCCACAAUUCAACGACAACGGCCUGCAUUUCCUCAACAACCACCCCCGCUGGGUGCCCUACUUAAUAGAGGUAACUUCAGCUCACAGCGAAUUGCGGGCGUGAAGAGGAAAGCUUCCGAACUGGAGUUUGUGGAUUUGACAGGGGAUGAUUGA